UAUUCUGGGAAAACCCGAUUACAUUUUAAAGUGCAACAUCUUCACUUUUAAAUUACAAACGUUCCUUCAAAAAGGAAGAUAAUUACCUCCUCCUACGUAUCAUAAGCUAUAUUAAUAGUUUUAUAUUGAUUUUUAAAAUUCAUUAAAAUCCAACGUUCAUUUUGUUUAAUCUUGAUGUUAUGAUUAGAUCUAUCUGGAAGGUUUAAUUUGUCUACAGUUGUUUUAAAAAACAUAUUUUUACCCCUUAAAGAAAUAGGCCUAUCAAAGUAACCUAGCGUCUCAUAUGGCCAGACUCGGUAUCAUAGGCUCGGGAAUUGUGGGAUUGUCGACUGCUCUGAACGUUCAAAAACUUCUUCCCAAAGCCAAGGUUACGAUUAUUGCAGACAAAUUCGGUAAAGACACAACCAGUCAUGGUGCCGCUGGUUUCUUUCGGCCUUACCUGCACGAUUUUGUUCCUGAAGACCAGAAUAUGACACAACAAUGGUACAGAGACUCCUGGCACUUCUAUUCUCGUCUAGCUCAAUCUUCACUGGCAGAUGAAACUGGACAAACUCUGGUCUCUGGACUUGUUGUGUACAACAAACCACAGGAUGAACAGUAUAGCUUUCUUUCAAGCUUGGAAACUGAUUUCCAUCAAGUAACAGACUCAUAUUUGAAACACAGAAAUUUGAAUUACAAGUAUGGCUACAGUUUCACGACAGUAGUAACACAAAUGCCCAAGUUUUUAGCUUGGUUAGUUAGAAAAUUUUGUUCUUCUGAAGGCAUCAUACAAAAAAGAACUGUUCAGAAACUGUCAGAUCUAAUUGGUGAGUUGGAUGUUGUGGUCAAUUGUUCUGGACUAAGGGCUAAAGAGCUAGCUGACGACCAAGACAUUAAGCCUGUGAGAGGGCAUGUAGUGAUGGUUUCUGCUCCUUGGAUAAAACAUUUUUUCCUCUCUGACGAUGGUGUUUAUUUGGUUCCACAUGACAAUAAAUUAAUCAUUGGUGGAACAAAAGAACUUGGAAACUACAGUGUAACGCCUGACUCGGUGACUAGAAACACAAUAAUUCAAAAAGCUGUUGCGCUGUUUCCUCAGUUGAAGGAUGCUAGAGUUAUCGAUGAGUGGGUGGGCCUCCGUCCUUCAAGACAAAAACUCAGAUUUGAGGUAGAAUGUCUGAAAGAUCAACAGAACAGAGCAUUACAUGUACUGCAUAACUACGGUCAUGGUGGACACGGCAUCUCUCUAGGAUGGGGAUCUGGGAUAGCUGCAGCAAAAACUGUGCAGGAUUUGAUUGGCUCGAAUCAUUUUCAAUAUAUCUCUAAAUAACUUAUCGAGACCUAUUGGAGAUGCUCACGACAAACUAAACAAUGUCAAGGACGCUUAAAAGAACUUCAAUGUUACCAACUAAAUAAAAGCUACAAAUGGAAGAGCUCAGCAAAAGUGCACAAAAUUAUCAUUUAACGUUUAAAACAAAACCAUAGAUUAUCAACACUUGCUUUAUACUGAGCAUCGGAUUCACCAAAAAUCUAGUUAUUUAUAGAUUUGCCUUCAUGUAUGGAAAUCUUCUGUAGACCUAUAGUAAAAGCAUGCUUUUAUAAACAAAGAAAAUAAAUACAAGAUUGAAGUUAUGAUCAUACCCAUGAAUGAAUCACAAUUUAUGUUUGAUGCCAAUAUAAUAGUUCAGGGGAUUGUAGUCAAAUAAUUAUAUAUGUACUAGUACAUGGGAUUGUGUAUCAGUGAGUUAUGUGUGUCAGAGACUGAAAUACAUACAUCGGAGAAUCAAAGCUGACUAGAAUAUUAGUGUGAUGAACGUAGCAACUGACAAGUUCAAGGUAUUUACAUAUAAUUGGUCCCAGAUGGACAAACAAAAUCUCAAAUUCUAGUCUCUGGGAAACACCCCUGAAGGGUACGCGACGUUUUGACGCAAGAGGUUCUCAUGUUAUUUUAUAAAACACAAAACUUUUUAUAAUACACAUUGUUUUUUUCCAUCGACCAUUGUCUCUCUAUGUCUCUCACUCUCUCUCUCUAAGUUAUUCUUGGGCGGAUCUUGGGUCUGACUCCCUCCAUAAGCUCAGCAUAUAAGAUAUCUUUCGGGAUUCUACCACCUGGCGUGCGGGUGACAUGUCCGAGCCAGCGUAGUCUUUUUGUGUCAGGAUAGCAUUCAUGUUGUUCAUAUUGGCCAAUCUUAAAAAAACUUCCUGAUUGGAGACAUGGUCCCUCCAAGAGAUGCGCUUUAUGCGUCUCAUGCAGCGCAAGUGGAAUUUAUUCAAUCUGUGCUCUUGGUACAUGUAUGCUGACCAGCUUUCACUACCAUAAAGAAGAAUGCUCACAACACAGGCAUUGUAGACUAGGAUUUUGGUUGCUGGGGUCAAUUUGGCAUUUUCCCAGACGCGCUUGGAGAGUUUUGCCAAUGCUGUAGUAGCUUUUCCUAUUCUUUUUGUCAGCUCGAUGUCUAAGUCUAGGUUACUGGCAAUAGUUGAUCCCAAGUAAGUAAAUUCCUGCACCACCGUAAGGGUGUGGUUCCCAAUAUUUAUCACAGGUCUUUCUGCGACUUCUUGUGCCAGAAUUUCGGUAUUGGAAAGACUUAUUGUAAGGCUAAACUCUUACAAGCAGCUGCCAAGGCAUUCACUAGCUUCUGUAGACCAACUUUUGAAUGAGAUAUGAGUGCCGCGUCAUCGGCGAACAGCAGCUCCCUAAUCAAGAUACGACGCCAUUUCGUUUUGGCUUUAAGACGUGACUUACUUUAAGACGUGCCAGGUUAAAGAGCUUUCCAUCGGAUCUGCUAUGAAUAUAUGUAGUGGAGUGGAUACCUUUUUAGGAAACACCGGCCACCCCGAUAUCCACGUGACCCUUCCCCCUAGAUGGCACCUUGUGUCCGCGCAUGACAAGGCAGACCAACGUGGGCACUGUCCAUUCGACCGGCAUCUGUUGUCGGUGUAGUGUCCGUACGUUACUGGACCUACGUCGUCUCCACUCCCUGUUUGUGCCUGAUUCUACAUCAUGUGUUUAUAUAUGGCUGCAGGUAGUUGAAUUUUACUUUUUUAUGUUAUAUUGUAAUUUUAUUUAGUAGUCUACAUAGAAUAUCGCUACCCUCGGAUUUCGUCCAUAUUGUUGGACUAUCGUUAUUUUUAGGAAACCAGUAUGUAAAUGUUUCCAUUUAUUGAAAUGCGUACCUGUAGUAUUCUAUAUAGAAUGUUAACUGUCCAUCUUUUAAAUGUAUUUUUACAUCAAGUGUUUAGAUACUGGAUUUUAAGAAACAGUAUAUUUGUAAGUGUAUAGAUUUGUUAUAUUUAAUUAUAGUUUUUGUAAGGAAAGGGAAGAGCGAACUCUUCAAACAUUGUAUGUUAGUUUUAUUUAAAACAACUAGUUGAUUUAUUCUUAGAGAACUACGUUGUCAUUUAUUUUUAUAAUGUUUUUGGUGUUCCAUAUCUCUCUUGUGUUUGUAAAAGAGAUGAUAUAAGAUUUUCUUUUUGUUUUUCGUUAGAUCUAGUAUUUAGGCCUAUUAAUUAUGUUUGGUUUAUGUUCAUUUGUAAUUAUGUUUUAUGUUUGCCUUUGGCAGGUCUUUAAUGUAUAAUAAACAGUUUGAACAGUU